CACUCUCCUCCCCUUCUGCCUCGCUCCUUUCAGACUCGCCUCUGACAGGAAAUCGAAAGUGAAAUAAGGAACCGGCUGCCAGCUGCCGAGUGCCCUGAAAAGGCCACCAUUAGGUCUCCACAGUGCUGCUUAAUAGGAACGUUACCGCUAUGGCCUCUGCAAUGCCUUUGGAAAUGAUGUGGGAGGAGGUCACGUGCCCUAUCUGCCUGGAUCCCACAGUGGAGCCUAUGAGCAUUGAAUGUGGCCACAGCUUCUGCCGCGAAUGCAUCUCUGAGGUUGGGAAAAAUGUGGGCAGCAUCUGUCCUGUGUGCCGGCACAACUUCAUGCUCAGGAACCUCCGGCCCAAUCGGCAGCUAGCCAACAUGGUGGACAGCCUUAGAAAAAUCAGCCAGAGUGCCAAGGAGGGCACACAGGGGGAGAGGUGUGAGGUGCAUGGGGAGAGACUUCACCUAUACUGUGAGGAAGAUGGGAAGGUCCUUUGCUUGGUGUGUUCCCAGUCCCGGAAACACCGUGACCACUCCACGGUUCCUAUUGAGGAGGCUGCUCAGGAGUACCAGGAGAAGCUCCAGCUGGCAUUAGGAAAACUGAGAACAAAGCAGGAGUUGGCUGAGAAGUUAGAAGUGGAUGUUGCAACAAAGAGAGCAGAUUGGAAGAGGAAGGUUGAGAUGCACAAACUGAGGAUUCACGCAGAGUUUAUGCAGCAGAAAAACUUCCUGGCUGAAGAGGAACAGAGGCAAUUGCAGAAACUGGAGAAGGAUGAGAGGGAACAGCUGAGAGUCCUUGGGGAGACAGAGGCCAAGCUGGCCCAGCAGAGCCAGGCCUUGCAGGAGCUGAUCUCGGAGCUGGAGAGGAGGAGUCGGGGCUCAGCGCUGGAGCUGCUGCAGGAGGUGAAAAGUGUCCUGGAAAGGAGUGAGUCCUGGGACCUGAAAAAGCUGGACAUUGCCUCCCCAGAACUGAGGACUGUGUGCUGCGUGCCAGGGCUGAAGAGGAUGCUGAGGUCGUAUGGAGUACACAUCACUCUGGACUCACACACAGCCAAUCCGUGGCUCGUCCUUUCAAAGGAUCGGAGAAACGUGAGGCUUGGAAACACCCAGGAGAAAAUGCCUGAAAAUGAGGAGAGAUUUGAUACUUAUCCCAUGGUCCUGGGUGCCCAGCACUUCCACUCUGGAAAAUUUUACUGGGAGGUAGAUGUGACGGGAAAGGAGGCCUGGGACCUGGGGGUUUGUAGAGACUCUGUGCAGAGGAAGGGGCACUUUGUGCUUAGCCCGGAGAAUGGUUUCUGGGCAAUUUGGCUAUGGAACAAACAAAAAUAUGAGGCUGGCACCUACCCCCAGACUCCCCUCCACCUUCAGGUGCCUCCAUGCCAAGUUGGGAUCUUCCUGGACUAUGAGGCCGCCACUGUCUCCUUCUACAACAUUACUGACCAUGGCUCCCUCAUCUACACCUUCUCUGAAUGUGCCUUCACUGGAUCUCUGCGGCCCUUCUUUAAUCCUGGUUUCAACGAUGGAGGAAAAAAUGCAGCCCCUCUAACCCUCUGUCCACUAAGGUUGGAUUGGUAGGGAUCCACUUACUGUUGAGAGCUCUCUCUGGAUACCGACACCCUUCUCAACCCCUGACCCUGCCUCAUUUGCCCCUGGAUUCUGAACCACCUUUGUCUCUCCAGAGAUGUCAGGAUACCAGCAAGCAGACUUUGGCAAGGAGGUCACUGAAAGCCUGUGUCAAAAGACCUUCAACAUCAAUAUUCCUGCCCUGGUUUGCUUUAUGAUUCCCUCCAUGAAGCAAACUACUUAUAUUUGGCUCAAACUCAUCCAGACCAACCAAAACAUGUUUCUAUCUUCUUCAUGUGACUCAAGUUUUGUUUUCUCCUCUCCAUCGCUAGGCCUUUGCUCAGAUCUCCAUUAUAUAUCUUGCAUGGUUUGCAGAAGGACUUCCUAAAUAAAUUGGGCCUCAAUCUAUCCCGUUCAGUCCUUGUUCUCGUACACAUCUGGGAGUAUCUUUCCACCAUACGCACAUCCGAUCAUAAGUGGCUCCACACUGCCUAUAGAAAAACAGCCAUACUUUUUAAAUAAAGGCUGAAUUAUGCAUGCCUUAGAUUGCCAUGUUAAAUAUCCAGCCUGCUGUGCCUCCCCUAUUCCCACCAUUAUCUCCCAAUUGUAUCUUGUUGAUAGUAGAGUUGGUUAAAGAGCAUAUCAAUCUAAAUGGUGUGAUGAUAUUCUGAUGUGUCAACCUGGCAAAGGUAUAAGCCCCCAGGUUUUCAAUCACACACCCAUCUAGAUGUUGCUGUGAGGUAUUUUGUAGAUGUUAUUAAAGUCUAUAAUCAUUAGACUUUAAGUAAGGGAGAUUGAAUUAGGCCCACCCAGCUUAUCUAGGACAAUCCAGGGAAGGGCUCUAAGAGCAGACCUGAGGCUUCCACCUGUGAAUAGCUGCUUCAGCUCCUGCCCGAGAGUUGCAGCUUGCCCUUCCUGAUGGCCUGCCUCAGAUUUAGGACUUGCCUCGCCAGCCCCUACAAUUGUGUAACCGUAUUCCUUGCAAUAAAUCUCUUAAUAUUUA